GGCAGUCUCUGACUGCAGCUCAAACCACCUCCAAAAGACAGCCAUGGGUCUCAUCCCCUUCGGGUAAUUUCGCAUUCGGGUUCCAGCAACUUGAUGGCACAGACCAGUUCAUGCUGUGCCUAUGGUAUGCUAAUGUAACCGAGGAUUCCAUUGUAUGGUAUGCCAAUGGUUCUCCGGCGCCAAAGGGAUCUACAGUGAAUCUAGAUGCCGACAGUGGGCUGCUCCUCAGUGAUCCUCAGGGAACAGAACUGUGGAGGUCGGACCAGCUCAGUGAGAAAAUUUCUCAUGCCAUUCUGAACGACGCGGGAAAUUUUGCCCUUGUUGCCACAAGGGAUAAUUCCACCAUGCUGUGGGAUACCUUUGGACACCCAAAGGACACUCUUCUGCCCGGACAGGUGAUGGAUAACGGGGGGCAGCUCAUCUCCCGCCACUCUGAAGCAAAUUUCUCACAAGGCAGGUUCUAUCUUGUGAUGGACAGUAAUGGGGAUUUGAUACUAGCAACCAAAACCUCUCCUGCCAUUUCAAAUUUCGAUGCAGUCUACUACAACUGGAAGGCUGGUCCUUCUAACCAGACAAAUUCUGGCUCUAAAUUGAUGUUCAGUGAGAACGGAUCAGUCUCUAUACUUAAGAGAGACAAUGCAACCGCCACGAAGCUUUGGCCUGUCGCUAACUCUGUGGAAUAUUACUUGAGACUGACUCUGAACUUUGAUGGAGUGCUGGUUCUUUAUCGGCUUCCCAAGAAAUCUGCUGCUAACCAAAGCUGGAUCCCUCUUUGGACUUCGCCAGAUAAUAUUUGUCUCGCAUUCGCACCUGCACUUAAGGACGGGUUUUAUGGAAGUGGGGCUUGUGGUUAUAAUAAUCUCUGCUCCCUAGAUACUAACAAGAGAACAUCUUGUAAGUGCCCGCCAGGUUAUGCGUUGCUUGAUCCCAGCGACAAACACGGAAGUUGUACCCAAGAUUUUCUUCAGACUUGUAAUAAGAGAAUUUCAGGUGAUGGAGAAAAGGCUUCACCUGACGUUCUCAACAGUAUGAUUGAGAUGCCAAAUACAGAUUGGUGGUAUCACGACAUGGAACGCAUCAAUCCGAGUACUAAAGAUGAGUGCAAAGCUGCUUGUUUGAAUGACUGUUUAUGUGAUGCUGCAGUUUACGCAGGCGAUACUUGCUGGAAGAAGAAACUCCCUCUGGCAAAUGGAAUUACUGGAACCAAUGUAAAUGGAACAACUUUCCUCAAAGUAAGGAAAGGUAUUGUUCCUCCUCUUCCUCAUGCUAAUGGCAAUCCUCCAGAAGAGGAUUCCUCAGUUAAAAAAGUGCUCUUGGGAACCUCCGUGUCCGUCAACAUUCUACUCAUCACUGCAACUUGUUUGGUGUUGUUGUAUAUCAUCCAUAAAAGGAAAUCCAAACAAACUGCAUCUGCUUCCCUUCCAUUGCAAUCAAAUUUGCCUUGUUUCUUGUACAAAGAGCUAGCAGAAGCCACAAACAGGUUCACUGAGGAAAUAGGCAGAGGGGCUUCUGCAAUCGUUUACAAGGGGGAGACGCCAGAGGGCAUCGUUGCUGUGAAGAAGCUUGAUCGAGUGGAUCGCGAUUCAGCAGUUGAGUUCAGCGCUGAGAUAAAUGUGAUUGGCCAAACACAUCACAAAAACCUGGUCAGGCUACUCGGAUAUUGCAACGAAGGCCAACAUCAUAUAUUGGUUUAUGAGUACAUGAGCAACGGAACACUAGCAAACUUCCUUUUCGGUGAUCUAAGGCCGAGUUGGAGCGAGAGGGUCAAGAUCGCAAUAGGGAUUGCUCAUGGCCUCACAUACCUACACGAUGAAUGUAGUACCCAGAUCAUUCAUUGUGACAUCAAGCCUCAAAACAUACUUCUUGAUGAUCAGUACAAUGCUCGAAUCUCAGAUUUUGGGCUGGCAAAGAUUCUAAUGCUGAAUGAGAGUCGAACCCAGACUUGCAUUAGGGGCACAAAAGGAUAUGUGGCUCCUGAAUGGUUCCGAAACAACAAAGUCACAGUGAAGGUAGACGUGUACAGCUUCGGGGUGUUGCUGAUGGAGAUCAUAACCUGCCGUAAAAGUUUUGAGGAUGUCGAAGCAUGUGGAGAAGAUAAAGCUAUUCUGGUUGAUUGGCUAACCGAUUGCUUCAAAGAUAACAGAUUGGAUUUGUUAGUUGAAGAUGACACAGAGGCUUUGAAUGAUAUGGAAAAGAUCAAAAGGUUCAUAAUGACUGCAAUAUGGUGCAUUCAGGAAGACCCUACUUUGAGGCCAACUAUGAGAAUGGUCACCCAAAUGCUUGAAGAGACUGUUCAAGUUCAUGUGCCUCCUUACCCGUUUCCUUUACCAAGUGAGACCUGUUUUAUUUCAGGGGAGUGAUGAUAACAUAUUUUCAUAUUUUAUUAGAAUUACGAAGGGGUCUAUUGCCAACAACCUCUAUUUCAUAAUAGGGGUAUGGUCUUCGACUCUUCGUAGACAUCUCAUGUGA